AUGGGGCCAGAACUGGUAAUCGCAGGGUGGUUUGCAUCUGCUGCAAUAAGUCAGCUGCUUGGCUUGGCCAUCUCCUACAUAAAGGAGCGGCCCGUGUGGCUGAGCAUGAAGAAACAAUUGAAGAAGCUACGUGCCGCCCUUCAACGGAUCCAAGCAGUGGUGGAGAGGGUCGAGAAGUUGCAGGUCAUCAAUGGCCGUAACCCGGCAGAGGAAGCGUGGCUGUGGCAGCUGAAAAAUGCUGUGGACGAGGCCAGUGACGUGCUGGAUGAGUUGGAAUACUACAAGCUCAAGGAAAAAGUGAAGAGUCGAGGAGAAAAGGUGCGUCCCACUGCCUCUGAUCGCACUAAGAAAAUUAUCAGGUGUACCGCUUUUGCCUUUAAACAAGGUAGGCAUCUAAAGAAGAAGUUGAACAGAGCUGUCAAAAAUCUAGAUCAUGUUGCUGAUUCUGCUGGAGAUUUCCUUAAACUUCAUGAUCUGUCAAACGAACAUGGAGCAAGGAGGCAGCAGAUUGUACCUCCCGAGAGUGGCUGCUUGGUGACUGAAGACAAGGUGUUUGGGCGAGAAAAAGAGAUGGCAAAGAUAGUUGGGUGGUUGAAGAUGCCUGAAAGCUGUGAGCAUGGGUCCAAUGUUAAGAAUGUCACAGUUCUCCCAAUAGUUGGUGCGGCUGGGAUGGGAAAGACUACUCUAGCACAACAUGUCUACAGGGAAGGCAAAGGGAGUUUUGACCUCAGCAUGUGGGUCUGUGUUUCCAAUAAUUUUGAUGCGGCUGGCAUAAUGAAAAAGAUCGUUCGGGCUGCAACCAGAACAAACCCUCAAGCUGAAGAACUGAGUACACUUCAAGAGAUUCUUACAGAGAAGCUAGAGUCCAGUAAGUUUCUGUUAGUCUUGGAUGACGUGUGGAAUGAUGAUGAUAGGAAGAAAUGGGAGGAUCUGGUGGCUCCUUUGAAAAAGGGGAAGCAGGGAAGCAAGAUCUUGUUAACAACUAGAAUGAAUUUAGUUGCAGAAAUGAUUGUAAAGAGGCAUGCAUUUGCUGGUGUGAACGCUGAUGAUCAUGGAAAACUUCAACGGAUUGGCGACCAAAUAGCGAAGAAGCUAUGGGGGUCUCCUUUGGGGGCAAAAGUUGUGGGAGGAAUGUUGAAUUCUAACUUGAACUUUGAGUUUUGGAAAGAGGUCUUGGAAAAUGGCGUUUUUAAUUCAAUACAGAAUGAGGACAUCCAGCCAGUACUGAGAUUUAGUUACAUUCAGUUUUCACCACAGCUACAGCGUUGUUUUAGAUACUGUAGUAUAUUUCCCCAAGACUAUCUGUUUGAAAGGGAUGAGUUGGUCCGUAUGUGGAUGGCCGCAGGGUAA